AUGGCUGAGCCACGUUCUGCCAGCAGUAAGGCCCUUAGUGGGGCAAAGCGAAGCGGCACUAGCAUUGAGUUUGAUGUUGCAGAAUUCAUGCAGGCUAUGGAUUGCACAGAGAAACACACCAUAUUGGGGAUCGACGAGGCGGGGAGAGGUCCCGUGGUUGGACCCAUGGUAUACACAGGGGCCAUGGUCGCCCUGCAAGAGCAUGAUCGUCUCGUAGAAUACUGUGGAGUAAACGACAGCAAGGUGCUUGGGGAAAGCCAACGGAAGGAGGUGCUUUCUAGGCUUCAGGAGCUGAAGACCUUCAGGACCUUCACUGUCGUUGUCACACCGGAUGAAAUUGCCGCUGCCAUGACUGGCAUCCAUGGCACUAAUCUGAACACGCUCAGCCAUGAUACAGCCAUCAAUAUCAUCUCCAAGGCAACUCUAGAAGCCGCAGGAAUGUUGUGCGGUGCCUACAUCGACACUGUGGGUCCACCAGAGUCUUACCAGCAGCGUCUUUCCGGCCGUUUUCCGCAUUUGCGCAUCACGGUUGCAAAGAAAGCAGAAUCAAAGUUUCCCAUUGUGGCGGCCGCCUCUGUCGUGGCGAAGGUGGAACGCGAUAGUCACAUCGAACGUCUUGGCAUCGACGUUGGCAGCGGAUACCCAAGCGACCCCAAGGUGAUGUCUUGGGUGCGGUCCCACGUCCAUCGCUUUUUUGUACUGCCCCGUGCAUUCGACUUUGUGCGACUGAGUUGGGGUCCCGUGGUUGAGCUCGCCAAAAACCCAGACGUCUGUGUCCCUAUGGUCUUUGAGGAGGACACCAAGACGAAAGCAGAGAAGAAGCGCGCUGCAAAUGGCGGAGGUGGCGACGGUAAAAAGCAGCGUCUUUUGAGUUUCGCCAAACCACCACCCCGCCGACACACGGUGUAUACGCACCUGCUGAGGCUGAGGACGGUGGCGACCAUCCAGGAUACUCGGCAUCCCCCACUGGUGUAG